AAUGAGGUAUAGUGGGGGAAGGGCGAAGACACUGUUGUUAUGACUGGUGCUUGGCUGCGGGACAAACUUCCAGAGGCCUCGGCAUUUUUUUCUCUAAUCCAUUUCAUUGGUCGGUUUCAAGGAGGAAAUGUGGCUCCAUUUUGCUUGUGAACCUGUCAAACGGACCGGGAGCUAAUAUUAAUCAACGCUUGAGGGCGGCUUUCACCUUUUGCAAAACACGAGGUGUUUGGUGCUUUUGAAAAAUAGGGGCUUCUUGCUAAGGACAACGGAGCUAUGAUGUGCAUCUGAGGACAUCUUGAUCACAUGGGCUGCUAUCCUGUGCUGACCCAAUGGUUUAAUCACCAGGACUAAACAUGAGCAUUAGCAGUGAUGAAGUCAAUUUUCUGGUUUACAGAUACCUGCAAGAGUCGGGCUUCUCUCACUCAGCAUUCACCUUUGGCAUAGAGAGCCACAUCAGCCAGUCCAACAUCAAUGGAGCCCUGGUGCCCCCUGCUGCCCUCAUCUCCAUCAUCCAGAAGGGCCUGCAGUAUGUGGAGGCCGAAGUCAGCAUCAAUGAGGACGGGACGUUAUUUGAUGGGCGGCCCAUUGAGUCGCUAUCUCUGAUUGAUGCUGUGAUGCCAGAUGUAGUCCAAACCAGGCAGCAGGCCUACAGGGACAAGCUGGCCCAGCAACAGGCGGCAGGCAGUGGCAGCGGCACAGGGCCCCAGGGAAGCACCAAGAAUGGAGAGGGCGCUGCCAACGGGGAGGAAAACGGAUCCCAUGCCUUAGCCAAUCACCACUCAGAGAUGAUGGAGGUGGACAGGGAUGUGGAAAUCCCUCAGAGUAAAGCCAUGGUCCUGAGGGGCCACGAAUCCGAAGUUUUUAUCUGUGCCUGGAACCCAGUAAACGACCUCCUCGCCUCCGGGUCUGGGGACUCGACAGCACGGAUCUGGAACCUGAGUGAGAACAGCACCAGCGGGUCCACCCAGCUGGUUCUGAGGCACUGCAUACGGGAAGGGGGCCAGGACGUACCCAGCAACAAAGACGUCACCUCACUAGACUGGAAUAGCGAGGGAACGUUGCUAGCAACAGGCUCAUAUGAUGGCUUUGCUAGAAUAUGGACAAAAGACGGUAACCUGGCCAGUACUUUGGGUCAGCAUAAAGGCCCUAUAUUUGCACUUAAGUGGAAUAAGAAAGGAAACUUCAUCCUUAGUGCUGGUGUAGACAAGACCACAAUUAUUUGGGACGCCCAUACGGGAGAGGCAAAACAACAAUUUCCUUUCCACUCUGCACCUGCUCUGGACGUAGACUGGCAGAGCAACAAUACGUUUGCCUCCUGCAGUACAGACAUGUGCAUUCAUGUGUGUAAGCUAGGUCAGGACAGACCUGUCAAGACCUUCCAGGGACACACGAAUGAGGUGAAUGCCAUCAAGUGGGAUCCCACUGGCAGCUUGCUGGCCUCCUGCUCAGAUGACAUGACACUGAAGAUUUGGAGUAUGAAGCAAGAUUCGUGUGUCCAUGACCUCCAGGCCCACAGUAAAGAAAUCUACACCAUCAAGUGGAGCCCCACAGGCCCUGGGACCAACAACCCUAGUGCUAACCUCAUGCUGGCCAGCGCAUCGUUUGACUCCACGGUGCGUCUGUGGGACGUGGAGCGCGGGGUGUGUAUCCACACACUGACCCGCCACCAGGAGCCCGUCUACAGCGUGGCCUUCAGCCCUGAUGGCAGGCACCUCGCCAGCGGCUCCUUUGACAAGUGUGUCCACAUCUGGAACACUCAGACGGGUGCUUUAGUCCACAGCUACCGGGGGACAGGAGGGAUCUUUGAGGUGUGCUGGAACGCCACAGGGGACAAAGUAGGAGCUAGCGCAUCAGAUGGAUCGGUUUGCGUAUUAGACCUGAGGAAAUGACACUCAUCUUGGGGAGCCAUGGACCGACUACGAAUGUGUACAUAGCCAAAAUGAUUGACUGUCCCUGCCUGUCCGCCACACUGCUGUAGUCCCAUCAGAUGCCAUGGCCCGCAAUUACAGCCAAAUGGAGCGUUUACUCCCUUCGUCAUAUGUAUGUACCCAAAAGGACUACACAUUCGCCACAUACAGUUCUUAUGCACAUGCGUCAGAUAUACAUCAGGUCUGUAUGGACCCCUGUGCUGCUCUCACAGACCUGCAGGAGGAAACCUUUCUCUGUUGUCAAACAGUACAAACUUGUUGGACCCAUCACAUGCAAACCAAAACACCAAGAUUCUUCUCGCUUUCCACUUUUUAUCCUUUUUACCAGAAUUCUGAA